AUGUCCGCUGGGAGCUCUAAUGAUUAUGGGUAUGAUUAUGACUAUGAUUAUGGCUAUGUUUAUGACUAUGAUUAUGGCUAUGAUUAUGACUAUGAUUAUGGCUAUGAUUAUGACUAUGAUUAUGGCUAUUAUUAUGAUUAUGGCUAUGAUUAUGACUAUGAUUAUGACUAUGAUUAUGGCUAUGAUUAUGACUAUGAUUAUGGCUAUGAUUAUGAUUAUGACUAUGAUUAUGACUAUGAUUAUGGCUAUCAUUAUGACUAUGAUUAUGGCUAUCAUUAUGACUAUGAUUAUGACUAUGAUUAUGGCUAUGAUUAUGACUAUGAUUAUGACUAUGAUUAUGGCUAUGAUUAUGACUAUGAUUAUGGCUAUGAUUAUGACUAUGAUUAUGGUGUUUAUUUAUUUGCUUGUUCACAUUCAUUCCUCAUGUUCUUUGCUUGUAUUGUGUAUUUUGAUUGA